CUCGAAUUCGAUUGCUUCCGCCGUGUGUGGUUGUUGUGUUGUGCAUCAAACAAAACAAACCAAAAAAUGGUGAAGGGACGACAAGGAGAGCGUGUCAGACUUUAUGUCAGGGGUUCAAUUCUUGGAUACAAGAGGUCCAAGUCAAAUCAAUACCCAAACACCUCUCUUAUCCAGAUUGAAGGAGUAAAUUCCAAGGAAGAGGUUGCAUGGUAUUGUGGUAAACGCAUGGCAUACAUUUACAAAGCUAAGGUAAAGAACAACGGAAGCCACUAUCGCUGCAUUUGGGGUAAGGUUACCAGGCCUCAUGGUAACAGUGGCAUUGUACGUGCCAAGUUCAAGUCAAACCUGCCACCCAGAUCAAUGGGAGCAAGGGUAAGAGUGUUUAUGUAUCCAAGCAACAUAUGAGAUUCUGAUUACCUUUCAGUGCCUAUAGAGUUUUAUGUGACUAGAAGGCAGUAGCAUUCUUCUUUAUGAGGUUAAAUUUUUGUGUCCUUUGUACUCUCGAACAGAAUUUUUUUUACUUGUUUAUGAUGGUGAAUGAACUGCAUGUUUUUUGCCCGUGUUCUAUCUGCUAUUUAAUGAGAUUGAGUUUCGUUUUAGUAAA